AUGGCUACACAUGCACGAUAUGACCCGGCUCUCGGACCACCCGUCCAUCUCGGAACCUGCACUGACAUCAUCUGGAAUGAGUACCAACAAGCAUUGGGACUCUACGCACAAUAUCAGGGAGCAAUACCCAAGCAGCCAGUGGCACGGAAAAAGAAGAUGGGAAAAAUCAAGGAGUUUAAGGGAGACAAGCGAGACAAAAUUGCCUUCGUCCUCUCCCAAAUCGACUCCUCAUCCACAGUGGGAAAGUGGGCCAAGUUAUGGGAAGCCAACCAAAUGGCAAAACACAGCAAUCUUGGAAUGUACCAAGACUUCAAGAUGACACUUAUCGAAAAGUAUGGAGGUGUCACAACCAAGGACCAAGCCUGGCAAGUACUUCUCGAAGGAAAGUACAGGCAGGACAAGCAAACCGUCGACGAGUAUAUCGGAAAUCUCGAUAUCCUCUACCCAUAUGCCAAAAUCGAUGACGAAUACGCCAAGCUCAUCCACUUCAAGUGA